GGAUUCUCUGCGGACUACUUCAACACGCUUGGGUCAAAGGAAGCUCCCCAAACAUUCGUGUCCUCUCGAAGCGAUCGCACGAAGAAGAAGGUUGCACGGCCAUGGAUGAGGAGGACCUUGAUGAGCUUCGAGAGAAUCAGGUCAAGGCUACAUCCGGGUGAAGAUGGAUCUCCUCGGUGGUACACAGGCCGAACUUGA